AUAUAAAAAAUGUUACUUUACAUAUUGUCAAUUAAUUUUAAGUUGGAUGCAAAUCUUAUGUUGAACCCACAUGCACACUUUUCAACAUGAAACCAGGGUUUCUCUGUCAAUUCCUGCACAGUUGCGUGAAUCGCGAUUGCUUCCAUGGCAAUUCACGGAGGUUUCGACGCCACACCCUUCGUCUAUUCCAGCUGGUUUUUGGAAUCUUGGAAAUCUUUGGCAAUUUUCGUCAAGGGUCAGUCUUGAGCCUGCUGGGGAUGUAAAAAAGGAAGUUCCUUUUGAGGUUGGUGAUGAUGCAAAACCAUGCAGCAGAUGUCUAGGUAGAGAUAGUAUUGCUAAUGCUGCUGCGAAAGUUGGUCAUGCUGUUUGAGGUGUUCACAUUCAAUCCGAUUAAUUUGACAUAAAUUGAUCAAAUCUAA